GCGCACCGCCUGCGGCCGCGCCGGCGAUGCGGGGCCGCCCCGCGCCCGCCCCAGUCCCGGCCCCGGCCCCUGCGGGAAGGGGCUGAGCCGCUGCCGCACGGAUGGCGAACCUCGCCGCGCUCGCCUUCAGCCUGCUCCUGCGGCUGCAGCUGCCGCCGCUGCCCGGCGCCCGGGCGCAGAGCGCCGCAGGUGGCUGUUCCUUUGAUGAGCACUACAGCAAGUGUGGUUAUAGCGUGGCCCUGGGGACCAGCGGGUUUACCUGGGAGCAGGUUAACACAUGGGAGAAACCAAUGCUGGACCCAGCGGUGCCUACAGGAUCCUUCAUGAUGGUGAACAGCUCUGGGAGGGCCUCUGGCCAGAAGGCCCACCUUCUCCUGCCGACCCUGAAGGAGAAUGACACCCACUGCAUUGAUUUCCAUUACUACUUCUCCAGCCGCGACCGGUCCAGCCCAGGGGCCCUAAAUGUCUAUGUGAAGGUGAACGGUGGACCCCAGGGAAACCCCGUCUGGAACGUGUCUGGGGUGGUCACCGAGGGCUGGGUGAAGGCAGAGCUUGCCAUCAGCACCUUCUGGCCACAUUUCUACCAGGUGAUAUUUGAAUCCGUCUCUCUGAAGGGCCAUCCUGGCUACAUCGCUGUGGACGAGGUUCGGGUCCUUGCCCAUCCAUGCAGAAAAGCACCUCAUUUUCUGCGGCUCCAAAAUGUUGAAGUGAACGUGGGGCAGAACGCCACUUUUCAAUGCAUUGCUGGCGGAAAGUGGUCUCAGCACGACAAACUUUGGCUCCAGCAAUGGAAUGGAAGGGACACGGCCCUCAUGGUCACCCGUGUGGUCAACCACAGGCGUUUCUCGGCAACAGUCAGUGUGGCAGACACGACCCAGCGGAGUGUGAGCAAGUAUCGCUGUGUGAUCCGCUCUGAUGGUGGCUCUGGUGUGUCCAACUACGCCGAGCUGAUCGUGAAAGAGCCUCCCACGCCCAUCGCCCCUCCGGAGCUGCUGGCCGUGGGGGCCACCUACCUGUGGAUCAAGCCAAAUGCCAACUCCAUCAUUGGAGAUGGCCCCAUCAUCCUGAAGGAGGUGGAGUACCGCACGACCACGGGCACCUGGGCGGAGACCCACAUCGUCGACUCUCCCAACUAUAAGCUGUGGCAUCUGGACCCCGAUGUGGAGUAUGAGAUCCGAGUGCUGCUCACACGACCAGGGGAAGGGGGCACGGGACCACCAGGGCCUCCCCUCACCACUAGAACCAAGUGUGCAGACCCGGUGCACGGCCCACAGAAUGUGGAGAUCGUGGACAUCCGAGCCCGGCAGCUGACCCUGCAGUGGGAGCCCUUCGGCUACGCGGUAACCCGCUGCCACAGCUACAACCUCACGGUGCAGUACCAGUACGUGUUCAACCAGCAGCAGUACGAGGCCGAGGAGCUCAUCCAGACCUCCUCCCACUACACCCUGCGGGGCCUGCGUCCCUUCAUGACCAUCCGGCUGCGGCUGCUGCUGUCCAACCCCGAAGGCCGGAUGGAGAGCGAGGAGCUGGUGGUGCAGACGGAGGAGGACGUUCCAGGAGCUGUUCCUCUAGAAUCCAUCCAAGGGGGGCCCUUUGAGGAGAAGAUCUACAUCCAGUGGAAACCUCCCAAUGAGACCAAUGGGGUCAUCACACUCUAUGAGAUCAACUACAAGGCCGUGGGCUCAUUGGACCCGAAUGCUGACCUCUCCAGCCAGAGGGGCAAAGUGUUCAAGCUUCGGAAUGAAACCCACCACCUCUUUGUGGGUCUGUACCCUGGGACCACCUACUCCUUCACCAUCAAGGCCAGCACUGCAAAGGGCUUUGGGCCCCCCGUCACCACCAGGAUCGCCACCAAAAUUUCAGCUCCAUCAAUGCCUGAAUAUGACACAGACACCCCACUGAAUGAAACAGACACGACCAUCACGGUGAUGCUGAAGCCUGCUCAGUCUCGAGGAGCCCCUGUCAGUGUUUAUCAGCUGGUUGUCAAGGAGGAGCGACUUCAGAAGUCACGGAGGGCAGCUGACAUCAUCGAGUGCUUUUCAGUGCCAGUGAGCUACAGGAACGCCUCCAGCCUUGAUUCCCUACACUACUUUGCUGCCGAAUUGAAGCCUGCCAACCUGCCUGUCACCCAGCCAUUUACAGUGGGUGACAACAAGACAUACAACGGCUACUGGAACCCUCCUCUUUCCCCUCUGAAAAGCUACAGCAUCUACUUCCAGGCCCUCAGCAAAGCAAACGGAGAGACCAAAAUCAACUGUGUCCGCCUGGCUACAAAAGGUGCGUCCACUCAGAACUCCAACACUGUGGAGCCGGAGAAGCAGGUGGACAACACCGUGAAGAUGGCCGGCGUGAUCGCCGGCCUCCUCAUGUUCACCAUCAUCCUCCUGGGCGUGAUGCUCACCAUCAAGAGGAGAAGAAAUGCUUAUUCCUACUCCUAUUACUUGAAGCUGGCCAAGAAGCAGAAGGAGACCCAGAGUGGAGCGCAGAGGGAAAUGGGGCCCGUGGCCUCGGCCGACAAACCCACUGCCAAGCUCAGCUCCAGCCGCAAUGAUGAAGGCUUCUCCUCUAGCUCACAGGAUGUGAAUGGAUUUGCAGAUGGCAGCCGCGGGGAGCUGGCGCAGCCCACCCUCACGAUCCAGACUCACCCUUAUCGAGCCUGCGACCCCGUGGAGAUGAGCUAUCCCCGGGACCAGUUCCAGCCCGCCAUCCGGGUGGCUGACCUGCUCCAGCACAUCACGCAGAUGAAGAGGGGCCAGGGCUACGGGUUCAAGGAGGAGUAUGAGGCCUUACCAGAGGGACAGACAGCUUCGUGGGACACAGCCAAAGAGGACGAAAACCGCAACAAGAAUCGAUACGGCAACAUCAUAUCCUACGACCAUUCUCGAGUGAGACUGCUGGUGCUGGAUGGAGACCCACACUCCGACUAUAUCAACGCCAACUACAUCGAUGGGUACCAUCGACCUCGGCACUACAUCGCAACUCAAGGUCCCAUGCAGGAGACCGUAAAGGACUUCUGGAGAAUGAUCUGGCAGGAGAACUCGGCCAGCAUCGUCAUGGUCACAAACCUCGUGGAAGUGGGCAGGCACCCAGCAGGACACACUGUGGGAAAUGCCACGCUGGGCCGCGCGGCGUCCCCUGGAAUGGUGAAGUGCGUGCGCUACUGGCCCGAUGACACGGAGGUCUAUGGAGACAUUAAAGUCACCCUGAUCGAAACAGAGCCCCUGGCGGAGUACGUCAUCCGCACCUUCACUGUCCAGAAGAAAGGCUACCACGAGAUCCGGGAGCUCCGGCUCUUCCACUUCACCAGCUGGCCCGACCACGGUGUCCCCUGCUACGCCACCGGCCUCCUGGGCUUUGUCCGCCAGGUCAAGUUCCUCAACCCCCCGGAAGCCGGGCCCAUAGUGGUCCACUGCAGUGCUGGAGCCGGAAGGACCGGCUGCUUCAUCGCCAUCGACACCAUGCUCGACAUGGCCGAGAACGAAGGGGUGGUGGACAUCUUCAACUGCGUGCGUGAGCUCAGGGCCCAGAGGGUCAACCUGGUGCAGACGGAGGAACAAUAUGUGUUUGUGCACGACGCCAUCCUGGAAGCGUGUCUCUGCGGCAACACGGCCAUCCCAGUGUGCGAGUUCCGCUCCCUCUACUACAACAUCAGCAGGCUGGACCCCCAGACCAACUCCAGCCAGAUCAAAGACGAAUUUCAGACCCUCAACAUCGUGACUCCUCGUGUCCGGCCUGAGGACUGCAGCAUCGGACUGCUGCCCCGGAACCAUGAUAAGAAUCGGAGCAUGGACGUCUUGCCUCUGGACCGCUGUCUGCCCUUCCUCAUCUCGGUGGAUGGAGAAUCCAGCAACUACAUCAACGCCGCACUGAUGGACAGCCACAAGCAGCCUGCCGCCUUCGUGGUCACACAACACCCUCUCCCCAACACCGUGGCAGACUUCUGGAGGCUGGUGUUCGAUUAUAACUGCUCCUCCGUGGUGAUGCUGAACGAGCUGGAUACUGCCCAGCUCUGUAUGCAGUACUGGCCUGAGAAGACGUCGGGGUGCUACGGGCCCAUCCAGGUGGAGUUCGUCUCGGCAGACAUCGACGAAGACAUCAUCCACAGGAUAUUCCGCAUCUGUAACAUGGCUCGGCCCCAGGACGGGUACCGUAUAGUCCAGCACCUCCAGUACAUCGGCUGGCCCGCCUACCGGGACACGCCCCCCUCCAAGCGCUCUCUGCUCAAGGUGGUCCGACGACUGGAGAAGUGGCAGGAGCAGUGCGACGGGCGGGAGGGACGCGCUGUGGUCCACUGCCUGAACGGGGGAGGCCGCAGCGGAACCUUCUGUGCCAUCUGCAGUGUGUGUGAGAUGAUCCAGCAGCAGAACAUCAUCGACGUGUUCCACAUCGUGAAGACAUUACGGAACAACAAGGCCAACAUGGUGGAGACCCUGGACCAGUAUAAAUUUGUAUACGAGGUGGCGCUGGAAUAUUUAAGCUCCUUCUAGCCCGAUGGCUCGGGGAACCUGCCAGAGUCCAGAGGCUGCUGUGGCCAAGCCCCCUUUCUGUGAACGGCAGCAACUGGGCUCAGGGGCAGCACCCUGCCCAACUCCAAGGAGAAGACUGGCGGUCCUGUGGUCCACGGCGGGCUGGCACCUUCCCAGGGUCUCCGGGUGCUGUGGAGGCUGUUACCCUGACAGGCCCCAGCGUCUCUUGCAUACCCCACCAGCCACGGGCCUGUGCAGAAGUGCACGCUGAGCAAGGCCGGAUUUUUCAGCGCCCAGACCUCUUGCUUUCGCUCUUUUCAGCCUGUGACUCUCGCGGCAAGCCGGCUGUGUAGGUGCGGGUGGCUGUGACUGGGCUCGUGGGGUCACCGCUCUGCUGCCCCCAUCAUCUCCUUCCGGGACCCCUGGCGUCGGACACCCGCCGGUCUGGAUCACUGGGACCUCGGAUGCUCCUGAGUGCACAGCAGAGGCCCCCACCCUUCCGCCUCACCUGCAUGGGGCUCGGCCCAGCGCCACUCUGUACCCCUCCCCCAGCCCGGGGCCUUGACCUUCUGCCACUCCCUGGCCAGCCCCAGUGUCCGUGGCUCUCCUGGAUCCAGGUUUUCUUGGCUUGUCUGUGCUCGGUGGGACAGGGUGGGACUGCAGGGAGCCUGGCUGCCCUCCUCUCUCUGAAGAAGGACCGCCUCCCAGGGCAGGGUUCUGGCUGGCCCUGUGUGUCCUGGGCAGUGAGUCCUCGGGAGGGAUGAACAAGAUUGAUGAUUUUCCAAAGUGUAUGUGAAAAGAAACUUUCUUUUGGAGGGUGUAAAGUCUUAGUCUCUGAUGUCAAAAACUGGUGGGGAGGGAAGAAGUUCGGUUGUGUAGCUGUAAGACCAAUCUCCUGGGCCUGUUAUCUCCCUGGCAAGGUCCCCAAAAGGUUCCCCCCACCCAGGGACAGCACAGCGGCAGAGCAAGGGGAGUUUCAUUUGGGGCUGACAGAGGAGCCCCAGAGCUCCGGAUUUGAAUGCCUGCCUAGAGCAACCCAGCUGCCAUCUCAGAAAAGGUCACUGUGGACCCAAUGAUACUCCAGUUUAAAACAGACCUCGGGGAUCAGGCCUGGGGAUCUUGCCCAAAGUGGGUCAGUCGAUGACAGGGAGCCGACUUUGACUAAGCAUCUACUAUACGCCGGACUUGGCACGUUCUUGGACCCCACCCACCCCACCCCCACCCUACCCUGGGAGCUGUUCACCUGUGAUCACUCUGAUUUUACAACUGAAGACACUGAGGCAUCUUCCUCAGGUUUCCAAAAGGCAGAUCAUAGUGGUGAGACUUGUACUGUCAUCCUUUCAUAGCCAAGCAAUUAUUUUACGGAGGGAAAAUAAGGCCAGAAACUUCUGAGCAGCAAACUCCACAAAUGGCAAUGUACUUUUUUCUGAUGCCCAUGUUUCUGGGAAGCUCAGAGUUUCAGAUGUGUUUUAGUAACUCAUUCCCAGCUCCCCAGGAGAGCUAGUCCCAUCUCAUACCUUGGCCAGUGAAAACCGCUCCCUGGGCCCUCAGACCCUGAGGUCUGCGAGUCAGGGACACAGUCUUGUCUACCUGGGUCUCUAGCUGGUGCUCUGGUAUAGUACCUGGCAGCCUGGGGUGGCCUGGGAUCCAGGACGUGCCAUCCUGGAAGCUGGUCUGGCCCCAGACAGGGCGUGAGCAGCACAGGUUUCCCUCAGAGCUCACUGUAUCCUGGGGAAACAGAACCUCAAUGCAGCAUCAAGUGUUAUUUGAGCCUCAUGGCAGGGCUUUCUAGAGGAGGUGACAUCCCUUCCACCGGGUAGAACAAUGAAGAGAAGGAAAUUCAGGCCAAGAGAACAUGUGCAAAGACACAGAGGUGUGCAGAAUCCUUGGGAGUGGGCGAGAGGGCGGGAGGUGAGCCCAGUCAGAGCAGAGCCUGGCGGCGCUGGGGCCAGGGUGGAGGGAGCGGCGAGCCCCAUCAGCAGGGCGGACUUGGCACCUGUGGGCAGCACGGGGCCUGGGGAGCUCUGAGUGAUGCGCUCAGCUCAGUGUUGAGGAGCCCCACUCUGGGGCCAGUGGGGCUGCCUCUCUUCCUUUCAUCAGACACUGUGAACACAUUCCCUUAAGCGUAUCCUUUUUAAUAUCACAUCUAUUUGUCUGUCUGCUCAUUGUUUGUUGCUGGAACAAAAUACGCAGUACUUUAAGAGGCCCAGCUUCUGUGAAGAAAUCAGGAUCUGUGCUAUGUCACAGAGCCGGGGGAACCAAGCCAGACCCCGGGGCCCCUGAGGAUGGAACACAGCAGGAGCUGCUCCUGUCGGCACGGGUUCCGAGACUGUCUCGAAGCCCAGGGACCCCAGACUCGAUCAGGAAAGAAGCCCCGCCAUGAGCCUGCUCUUCCCUUUCAUGGCUCGUGCCCUGGUCCCAGGCCCCCACCCCACUGGGCCUGCCGGCCUCCCCAGCUCCAGCCUGCUGCUCCAGCCAGCCCUCCCCGGCCUUCCCCAGCCUUCAAGAAGCUUGUAGCACAGGAAGUCAGCCUGCUCUAUACUUCUCCCUCAGAUCCGGGGCUCAUCUGUGCAAAACAGGAGCCAGGGAGAGGGGUGGUCUCCAAUACAAAUAAACCCCAGGAUUUAUUCUGCUCAGGAGGGGGUGAAAUUGCUGGCAGAUGAAAUGACAGUGGCUUCUACCAUUUCAAAUGGUAGGAAUUUAGAAUGUGACUUCCAGGAGAAGGAAGCUCGUGAAAAGCACAGAGCCUCGUGGUUCUCACCUCCUGGAUGUGGACCCUGUUUGGAGAAGGUAGAAGGAAUUAACAAGAAGCCAGGAACUGUCCCACCUGCGUGCAUGUCUGGCCUACACAGCUUCAAGAUGUAUCCUAGCUGUAACCUAACUCGUCCUCUCCUCCUUUCUGGUGUGAAGGUCCUGGGGCCAGGGGCUCUGAGCCUCCAGACGGUCACAGCGUGCCUCCCUUUGUGGGAAUGGAAGGCAUCACCUUGCUUUUCCAUCUUCUCUUUGGAUGUAGCCCAAGUAGCGGCCUGCCUGCCAGGUAUCACCCAUCCUGUGCAACCAGCAGACCCUGUGCUGGAGACUGAUGUGAGCUCACCCAGUUCUCCAGCACCCCUAAGAUGUGCUUUCAACUGUCCCCAUUUUACAGAUGAGGAGACUGAGGGGAGAAAUCACUUACCCCCCCCCCACCCCAGCAUUCCACCACAGCUAGUAAAGGAGGGAGCCAGGGUUUAAAUUGGUUCUUUUAACUUCAAAGACAGUCUCUUUCCACUACUGUGUCUCAGAUUUUCCCAUGACGGGGUGCAGGGGGUGGAGGUGGGAGGGACCCUUAAGAGCCAAGACUAGAGUGAAGCAGGCCUAGUGGAUCUCGCAAAACCCAAAGCAGACAAGUCAAAACUCCUUCAGUUUCAUGUUUAACAAUUCACAUAGUGUUUGCAUUCUUCGCUAAUUUAGCCUGAUUUGACAAGUGUGUACCAAUAUUUAACCACAUGUGCCUGAUCCCUCAUGUGGCUUUGCCCCCCUCUGUUCACUACGAUGACCCUAGGGAGUGACCGCCUAGUCUGAGAGGCACAGUGCCUGGCCACGCUGCUCCCUCCUAAAGCCAAUGCCAGACUUAAGCUCAAGUCCAGCUCACCUACCCCCUGGCUCACCACCUGCCCCUGGUGUGGGGUUUCUCUGACCUCACUGUUGAUGGGCUGAUCUCAAGUCUCCUUCAGUUGCAUACUAGGAAAAAGAAAGCUUUGACAUCUACUAUAAUUACAGACAUGCCCAUCUGGAAUGGCAAAGGCUGAGCCCAUAAAACCCUAAAGGGAAAAGAGAAGAUGACACUGUCCUUCUCAGCAGACUCCUGAAUCCUGGGGCCUCUAGACAGUGGUGCCCUCUGUCCACAUGGAAUCGUGCAAUUGCUAAUCUGGCCCAAUCUGAGGACACGCUUCACAGGAGGGGCUGGAAGCCUCCCUGUACUUCAGCCCUGCAGACUCACUGGGAUGUUAUCACAUACAGGGCCCUGGAGGGGGUGCCACCAGGAAGCGCAGUUUACUAUGGCACAGCCUCUCCCUUGGUGAGACGUGGGGUUGUGGUAGAAAGAUCUCAGUCUUCAGUUCUAAUCUAGCCCAGUCAUUUCCUGGCUUUAGUAUGUUGAACCAACUAAUCAGUGGGAAAAGAUGUGGAAAGAGAAGCCUCAGAUGGGCAGAAGUAGGCAGAUUUGGGGAUCUUUGGGUAGGAAGACAGGAAGGCAAAGCCAAGACAUUAGGACCCAAUAGGAAUCCUCAGACCCAAGAAUGCAUAGGGUCUACUGGGCAAAGUGGUCACCUCUGUGAUGCAGUAGAACAGGGAACAGGGAGGGACUGGGCAGAACCACUUGGAACAAGGAUGUUGCUUUAGAACAAGUCUCCCUCUGGGAGAAAAGAUGAUUAAUGCUCCCUGUGACUGAUCAAUUGUGUUCAUUCAUCACUGGGUCCCCUCUGUAAGCCAGCUCUUUGGUGUGUGUCCUUACCGUGAUCCAGAGUUUCUCAGGACAGUGUGAAUACCUGUUGUGUGCAGAGGGGUCAGUCUAGCAAGGAUACUGCAGAGAGAAUGAGGCACAGGGAGGAGCAAACAAGAGCAUAUCAGGUCAUCUUUGCAGGAAUAACUGCCCAGCCCAGAUCCAGUGACACUGAAGGAGAUGAUAGUUCCCCUGAACCUCAUUGCCUUAGAACAGGUUGAAGAAAACUGCCUUCCUUUAGCCUGCAUCUGGCCUCUCCUGGGGCAUCAGCAGCAAGCUGAGUCAGGAGUAAUGCCCUGGAAAACAUGGGUGAGCCCGAGGGUAAGAUGAGCUCAAUGCUAAUCCUGAACCAUAAAGCCAACACACUGUGCUGGGCCAAGAUCCCUGGGGAUGAAUGGUCAACCGAAGCCACGGGGAGGAAGAUGAGACAUGAGUCUCCUGGAUGGCCCUGACUUGCCUUCCCCCCGUCAUCUAACUAGUCUGAGCUCCUUCUCAGCCAGUGAUGCCAGUUCCAAAUCACAGCCAGAUACGACAGGGAAGUGAGCGAUGCGAAUCCAGCUGGAGGGAACCAGCUGAGACUCAGCCUUGUUUCUGGGUCCCCACGCAAGGGUUCCAUGUUGGAGCUGUCCACAGAGACAUGCCUCGCAGUGAUAAAAUGCAAGCCUUGGCUUCAUCUAGCCAGGAUCUGCCUUUGAGGAACAGCAAGGAGAGACGUCAGUGGCAGAGAGCAGAGGGGGCUCCAGUGUCUCAGAACCAUGGAUAUGAUCCUCAGAAGCACAGAGAGCUAUCUAAGCCAUAUUUGCACACAUGCGUGCACUCUUCUGGUUUCCUGGGGACCAGAGGUAGGUUUUCGUGUGACUCUGGCUGGUGUACGAUACUUGCAUAGAUACCGUCCCUCCCACCUACCUCCAGAAGAGGUGGAAAGGAGACCAUCCCUCCCACCUACCUCCAGAAGAGGUGGAAAGGAGACCAUCCCUCCCACCUACCUCCAGAAGAGGUGGGAAGGGUCAGAGGGGCUACACACACCCCCUCAAAUCCACCCAUGAAAGGUCCCCAAGAUGCAGAGUCAGCACCUAUAAUGGGAGACCACAGACUUCACAUCCUAGUUAUCAAAGAGAUUGGGGUAGUCACUGCGGCUGACACAAAGGUGUAGAAGGACUCAGAAUGGGCAUACUACAGGAAAAGGCCGUUCGGGCUGGGUUACCGUGAACUUCCAUAGGUGUCUGAGAGUUGUUCUGAGCGGUGGAAUUUGGACCCUAAUUCUUGGUAGAAAUGCCCAGAGAAUGACAGUCUAGGGUCCUUGGAGUGUUGGACAGAAUGGUAUCGGCAUGAAGGUCUGGAGCUCAAGGUAAUUAAUUUAUGGUUCCUCAGUGGGUGGGAUGCUUAGAAUCAGAGGAGGAAAGGGAAUAUGAAGCAACCUGUCAAAAUUGCAAAACUGAGUUUCUGUACACUUACUUCAGUGCCUUUGCACUUGUGAAUAUAAGUCAGUGGGCCCAUUUUGUGAUGUGCCCCUAUCUCUCCUGUGGAAGAUUAAUGGUGUAAGGUGUUCUUUGGACCAAAGCUUCCAGGGCAGUCUGAAGGCUCAGAGGGGCAAGGGGUGACUUCCCAGGUCAGAUCAGACUUCUGAUGGGUCAGGCAGAAUACCAGUGCCCACACCCUCCACAGGCCCGCAGACAGUUAGAUAAAUUCUCGUGGUCACUCCCAUGAGCGGAACCAGGACCAAUGGGUGAAACUUCAUAGCUCUAAGAGAGGACUUGCUAUCUGCCAGAGAAGCUGAGCUGCCCCAUCUUAGGAACUGUCCAGCAAAAGCCAGACAUCCUUUUAAAGGGAAGGAGCUUUGCUGAGAUGGCCUUUAGGUUUCUUCCCCCCAGAUGAGUGAGAUGCUACAGAGCUGGGACCUUGCUGGAACGCCUUCCUGCAGAGCACAAAGCCAAACAGGUUGUGCUUGCUUGUGUGAGCUAAAGCCCCCAGUCCCCUGCUGCCCCUGACCCAGCACGGGCCAAGAGGCUGCUCUCGCCACACAUCCAGGCUGGGUAUAACCAGAGAGAGUAUACCCAGAGAGAGCAGCUGCUGUGCCACAGAGUCCAUUCCCACCAAAAUCUCUAAUGAGACCAGUCACAGUGUAGACCCACUGGCCCACAGGGCCAUCAUUGAUAGCAGAAUCAGUAAAGGUCCAAGCAGGACCCAGAGCAGGGUUUUCACACCACACACCGUAACUCCAGAGGUGACGUCUACACCCCUCCCCAUACCUGAGACCUGCUAGAGCAGACUGCAAAAGCAGAAGCAUAGUGACUCAGCUGACAGAUUAUCACCAUCCCCAGUACGUCCCUUUCAUUGCCAGACAGACCCUGAACUAGCCCAGGCUAACCCACACUGGUGAUCAGACUUGAAAGCACUUUCUACCUUUUCUUUCACCCUACAUCUCACCAGCCAGUGAAAGGCAGAGAGUCGGGGCAUCUGCCAUUGCCUUGGCUACUGACACCAUUGUAGCCCUAGAAGGGCCAUCACGGGGUUCCCAUCAACUCCGGGGAGACUGACGUUUUCACGUCCACCGGGCACAUGACACUACAUGAGACCAAAGUCUCCACGCUGUCUGCAGCCUCCUCCGUGAGUCCCAGCGGCCUGCACUUGUACAGUUUGGGUGUUUGAUAGAUAAAGCACGUAUGAGAAGAGAAAACAAAAUAAAUCAACUUAAAAAAAAAGCCAGCACUGUGCUGUCAAUGUUCUUUUUUUUUUUUUUCCUUUCCAAUUCUAGCUUAAAAAAGCAGAAGGUAAAUAAUGUCAGGUCAAUGAAUAUCAGAUAUAUUUUUUGACUGUACAUUACAGUGAAGUGUAAUCUUUUUACACCUGCAAGUCCAUCUUAUUUAUUCUUGUAAAUGUUCCCUGACGAUGUUUGUAAUAUGGCUGUGUUGAAAAUCUAUACAAUAAAGCUGUGACCCUGAGAUUCAUGUUUUCCUAA